GGCCUGAACCGCCAUCUUCCAGUAAUUUGCCAAAAUGACCAACACAAAGGGAAAGAGGAGAGGUACCUGGUACAUGUUCUCUAGGCCUUUUAGAAAACAUGGAGUUGUUCCUUUGGCCACAUACAUGAGAAUCUACAAGAAAGGUGAUAUUGUGGACAUGAAGGGAAUGGGCACUGUUCAAAAGGAAAUGCCCCACAAAUGUUACCAUGGCAAAACUGGAAGAGUCUACAAUGUUACUCAGCAUGCUGUUGGUAUUGUUGUAAACAAACAAGUUAAGGGCAAGAUUCUUGCCAAGAGAAUUAAUGUAUGCAUUGAGUAUAUUAAACAUUCAAAGAGCCGAGAUAGCUUCCUGAAGCGUGUAAAGGAAAAUGAUCAGAAAAAGAAGGAAGCCAAAGAGAAAGGUAGUUGGGUUCAGCUGAAGUGUCAGCCUGCUCCACCCAGAGAAGCACAUUUCCUGAGAACCGAUGGAAAGGAGCCCGAACUGCUGGAACCCAUUCCCUAUGAAUUCAUGGCAUGAUAAAUAUAAAGAAAAUAAAAGACCUCAAGACUGUAAAA